AUGUCUCAGAAGAGGAAGAUUCUCCUUUUUCUGGUGGCAAUCAGUUCAGUCAGUCUGUUCUUGCAUCAUGGAGGACACCUCAACUGGACUAUGGAAACAUCCCCGAUGGUCUGUCCAUCCACCUCUCCCACUCCCACGCCCAAACACACCAGCAUCGCCUUCCUAAAGACGCAUAAAACAGCCAGCUCCACCGUGCAGAACAUCCUGUUCCGAUUUGCGGAACGCAACAACCUGACGGUGGCUCUUCCCGGCUACCCGUGCGACCACCAGUUCUGCUAUCCCCACACCUUCAACAAUCGUUUCGUCCACCCCCACACCGUUCCACCCAAAAUCAUCACCAGCCACAUGCGCUUCAACCGUGCCGAACUCCUUCGUCUCAUGCCCAACGACACCAUUUACAUCACCAUCCUUCGUGAGCCUGCCAGCAUGUUCGAAUCGCUCUUCAGCUAUUACAACCAGUACUGUCUCAGUUUCAAACGGGUGCCCAAUGGAUCCCUGGAGACCUUCCUGGAAAACCCCUGGAGCUACUACCGGCCAGAAGAGAAGUACGCGGUGUACGCUCGCAACACGCUCACCUACGACCUGGGCGGAGACAAGGACCAGACGGAUCCGAUGUACAUCCGGAACUUCGUGGCCGAGGUGGACCGUGUGUUCUCCUUGGUGAUGAUCGCAGAGUACUUCGACGAGUCGUUGAUCCUCUUGCGUCAUUUGCUGGGUUGGGAGUUGGAAGAUGUCCUGUAUGUGAAACUCAACAUGCGCACGUCCACCUCCAAGCUCAGCCUGUCCAGCGGCCUUCCCGCCAAAAUCCGCGCUUGGAACUCUGUGGACGCCGCUCUUUAUGACCACUUCAAUGCCUCGCUGUGGAGAAAGCUGGAAGACCUGGGGGUGGGAUGCGUGGCUCGGGAAGUCCAGCUCUUGCAGCGGGCGACGGAUCGACUCUUGCGAGGGUGCUUCGGCAGCAACUUCCCGCAGCUCCGCUCGGCCUCGCAGAUCAAGAACAAAAACUUGCGUCCAUGGCAACCCAGCUCCAAGGUAGCCAUCGUUGGGUAUGAACUCCCGAGCAACAUUUCGCGCGGCAGUCGUGGCCAAUCGCAGGACAUGUGUCUGAAGCUCAUAAUGCCUGAGGUGCAGUACACGCAUCUGCUGCAACACUCGGAGUCGUUGCGGUACCGACGCAAACACCCGACGCGUACCCCGAUGCAAACUCUACGCCCAGCCAUAUCUACCCUCCACCAGCAAGGGAGGAAAGACCACAAAGAGACUCUAGAACGCAGCAUCACCUCCCCACCUCUGGGAGCCGAAAUCGGGGGCACCAGGGGGACACAGCAGGUGUCCAAAAAGCAGACCACUUAA